GAGCCCAAAUAAAAGAUGGAACGCAGUCCAUAUAUACAAAUGCGCCUUUUAUUUUCUUCCUUUCCGGCACCGGUGACUUCCCUCCCAAGCGAACUCGUCGAAGCGGCUCGAAAGAUUAUACAGCAAGAAAAGAUGGAGGCGACAGGAAACAAUCAACCACCGCAACAGCCACCACCGGCGGCUAUUUCUUCGUGUCGAAAGAAGAAGAGCGAACAGGCGAAUUUUCUUGAGGAUGUGAAAGAUCAUGUCGAUGAGUUCAUUCAUGCUUCUAUGGACGAACAUAAAAGUUGCUUUAAAAAGACUAUCGGCAAGAUGUUUGGAAUGUCAAAGAUUGUUGCGGAGAGAGAGGCCGAGUCUAAAGGCGUUGAGAGUUCUUUGCCUCUUCGCACUGUAGUGUCAGACUAGACUUUGAUUUUCUUAUGUAAAUCGUGAGAAAAUUUUAUUUUCUGAUAUUUUAGUUUGAGUUUAAAUAAGUACGAAUAUAAACUAGCUGUUCUCGGCUGAUUUUCAAUUGAAUGUGUAUUUUUUAA